CGUCGGUGCCCGGCGCUCAUCCCCGGUGGCGGCGGCGGCUCGGCUGGUCCCCUCUCGUCCCGGCGACCGGACGCUCCGCUUUUGUGCGGCGGCCCCGGGAGAGGCCGGCAUGGCGGAGAGCCCGGGAGGGCUCGGCGUCCCGCCGCCGGAGGGGAGCGACGUCCCGCGGGAAGGAGGCGAUGAGGAAGCGGCGACGGAGGGGGAACCGCAGCCCGGGGUGUCCCCCGAGGGGUCGGCGGAGCCCCCGGACGGGUCCCCCGCCGGCGAGGCGCCGCAGCUGAGCGGGGAGGCGGCGGCGGUGCCCCCCGAGGGCGGCGGCGGGACGGGGAGCGGCUCCCCCGAGGGGGCGGCGGAAACCCCCGGCGGGUCGGGCGCGGAGCAGCAGGUUGCGGAGGGGCCUGAGCAGCAAGACCCCGGCGGGGGCUCCCCGGAGAGCGAGGGUCUGCCAGGAAGGGAAACGGCGGCGGCGGCGGCCGCGGGGGUAGACGCGCCCGAGGGCUCCGCGCCGGCGAGCGCAGACCCCGAGGAUGCGGCGGUGGCCCCGGCGGGGCCGGAGCCCGAGGAGGCAGCUCAUGCGGGGCCGGAGCCCGAGAACGCUGCCAAGGCCCCGGCAGGGUCGGAGCCCGAAGAGGCGGAGGCGCCCCCGGCGGGGCUAGACCCCGAGGAGGCGGUGAGGGAGGCAGCCCCGACGGAGGCAGCCCCCGAGGAAGCUGCGGCGACAGCCCCGGCAGGAACAGACCUCGAAGAGGCAGCGGGGCCAGACUCCGAGGAGGCUGCGGUGACAGCCCCGUCGGGGACAGACCCCGAAGAGGCGGUGGGGGAGGAAACCCCGUCGGGGCCAGAGCUUGAAGAGGCGGAGGCGACAGCCCCAUCGGGGCCAGACCCCGAAGAGGCGGUGAGGGAGGAAACCCCGUCGGGGACAGACCCCGAAGAGGCGGUGGCGACAGUCCCGUCGGGGCCAGACCCCGAAGAGGCGCUAAGGCAGGCAAUCCCAGAGGGGACAGACCCCGAGGAGGCUGCGACGACAGCCUCGGCAGGGACAGACCCUGAGGAUGCGGUGCGGGAGGCAGCUCCGGCGGGGACAGUCCCCGAGGAGGCUCCGGCGACAGGCCCGGAGGGGACAGACGCUGAGGAUGCGGUGCGGGAGGCAGCUCCGGUGGGGACAGUCCCCGAGGAGGCUCCGGCGACAGGCCCGGAGGGGACAGACCCUGAAGAUGUAGUGUGGGAGGCAGCUCCGUCGGGGACAGUCCCCGAGGAGGCGGCAGCCCCGUCGGGGAGCGAGGUGGCUCCCGGGAGCCGCGGGGAAGCGGAGGCGGCGGUGCCGACCGGCGGGGAGGCCGAUGGCGGACGCCGGUGGCCGGGCGGCCCCGAUGGCGAGGAGGGAGCGGAGAGGCCGGUGGCGGAGCAGGGAGCCGCUGCACCGGCGGCGGCGGCGGGAGCAGAGAGCGCGGCCCCGGGGGCAGAGGAAGGCGGCGCGGCGGCGGGGGAGCACGGCGGGUCCCCGGGCCCCGAGGGCGGCGAGUGGGACCCGGCGGGUCGGAGCCUGAACGGCGUGCGGGGCCGGGCAGAGGACGAGGAGGACGAGAUGGGCUCGCCGGCCGCUCUGGAGGAGGAAGAGGAGGAUGAGGAGAAGCAGGAGCACGACAUCUCCCUCUUCGUCAAGGCUGGCAGUGAUGGAGAAAGUAUUGGAAACUGCCCCUUCUCUCAGCGUCUCUUUAUGAUUCUGUGGCUAAAAGGUGUCAUAUUUAAUGUCACAACCGUGGAUUUGAAAAGAAAGCCUGCUGACCUGCAGAACCUCGCCCCAGGAACAAACCCCCCCUUCAUGACAUUUGACGGCGAAGUGAAAACUGAUGUCAAUAAGAUCGAGGAGUUUUUGGAAGAAAAACUAGCGCCGCCCCGGUAUCCCAAACUUGCACCAAACCACCCCGAGUCUAACUCUGCAGGAAACGACGUGUUUGCAAAAUUCUCUGCGUUCAUAAAGAACCCAAGAAAAGAUGCUAACGAAAAUUUGGAAAAAUCUUUGCUUAAAGCCCUGAGGAAGCUGGACAACUAUUUAAAUAGCCCCUUGCCUGAUGAAAUUGAUGCUUACAGCACUGAGGAGAUCACUGUUUCCAGCCGGAAAUUCCUGGAUGGAGAUGAGCUCACCUUAGCGGAUUGCAACCUCCUACCAAAGCUCCAUAUAAUCAAGGUUGUUGCGAAAAAAUACAGAAAUUUUGAUUUUCCACCUGAAAUGACAGGGAUUUCAAGAUACUUGAACAAUGCAUAUGCAAGAGAUGAAUUUACAAACACUUGUCCUGCUGAUCAAGAAAUUGAAUACGCGUAUUUGGAUGUUGCAAAGAGAAUGAAGUAAACAGAAGAUGCCUCAGUUCUUUAUUACUUCUGAGAUUUAGAUGGGCAUCAGCCAAGAAAGAAAAAAGCAAAAGCCAGCAUACAUUCUGCAGUGUAAUUUUAAGUUCUGUUAUUGGCCAAUCCUUCUUUUAUAAUGAUUGUAUAGCAUUAUUUGCUCAUUUUUAAAUUAUGUAUGUAUAUGUUUAUGUGUCUGUACAGAUAUGUACAGACAUGCAGACAUAUGAAUGUCUGUUGUGCAUUGCAAGUUAAAGGCAUCAGUCAAUAUCAAAGCAUUUGUUGAAGUUAGGGAAACGGUGUAGGUCACACAAUUAUAGCAAUAUUACGGACUAGUGACUUACACUAAAUUGCCGAAUUUUGAGAAGAGAUAGCCCUGCUUCUAACACACAUUUAACCUGUCAUUAUUGCUGCCUCUGAUCUCUGUUUCACAGUUGUUGCCAAACUUCACAGUUACUGGGAGGGUUUUGGUUUGCUUCUUUGCAAGCCUGAGGGCCAUGAGCCAGCAGCUGGUGCCCAUUCAGCACCCUGGUUAAUGCAGGAGAGAGGCCAGCUCGUAGGUGGGACCACACCUGACAUCCCAGGAGCUCUCUCCUCUGUGCUAGAGACCUGCAGGGCAGGUCAACAAAGAACACCUCAUUUUCACGUUGCAUGAGUCUUCUUUGGUAUUAAAAAUAAAUAAAUAAAUAAGAAUUCCUGCCUUCUCUCUCAGGGCUGCAUAACCCAUCAAACUUCCUGGUGCUCCCAAAGAGAGGAACACAGAUUGUCACUGGCCUAUGGACUAUCUGAUAGUAGAUAUUUGACAAGGGAGGAGGGAGAGGCUUUGUCGCUCUAGACAGAAGAAAUAGGUGAACAUCUGUCCCCAGCUACCGAUGUAGGAUCUUUCUUGGUCAUCCUUCCAUGACUCUCAUUUGGUUUUGAAAAGCAAAGAGGAGGAGAGGGUCUAAGAAAGAAACAGUCCUUCUAUACUUCCUUUUCCUGGUUGAGCUCCAGCAUAUUGGCUUUCCCAGGGCAGCUGUUAGGAAGUCAUUGCUGAGAGCUUUACAGCUGAUAGACACCCGGUAUCUAUCAGAUAUCUAUCAGAAUAUCUAUCUAUCUGUUAUGUGUCUAUCAGAAACAAGUUAGACCUACCUCCUGCCUUAGGCCAGGGGUGGAUUAGAUGAACCCCUCCAGCCUCGCAUGAGUCUGUGCUCAAGGCAGCCAGUACUGAUGAGAAAUACCCCGUCGCCUGGCAUCAGAGAAAACACUAUUAGAGGUGUAUGGAGUACGAAAAAUGAUGUCCACAGCUUCUUUCUGCUGAGCAGGCUCUCAGCAAGCCCAUAGGAGUAGAGGGUGCAAUGCUUUAGUCAUAGGGUCACCUGGAAAUUUCCUUCUGACGGAUUUUGCCUGUACGUACAAAAUAGAUGUGAAAAUGGCUAAAAAUAGCCUUCGUAGCACCUAUAUCCACAAGAAGACUGUUAUAGACUAGUCAUUCAUCCUUGUCCAUGUCAAACAUGCGCACGCUUGCUAACAAAGCAUUGCUUAAAGGUAAUAGUUGGUGUCAGAUACAUUGUGGCUGCGAUGUCUUCGUCUUGCAAACUACACGGUUCUGAGGCAAUGUAUUAUCAUGACAAUUAUUUGUAAGCAUUGCUCAAUAUGCAGUUUUAGUUUGCCUUUAGAGAAAACAGACACAAUCCUUUCCCCUUCCACCUUCAGUUGUGAAUUCUCAUACCGGGGUUGAUAGCUGAGCAGUGACUCAUCACCUAUUACUAACUGUUACUUUGUAUUUUCAAAUACAUACAUAUAUAUAUAAAAAUAUAUAUAAAGAAUGAAAUCUGUAUGCUUUUUUCAUAUGCCUUACAAAUUUAAAUAGAAAAUAUACAAAUUCAUAAGUAA